CUCGCGGACAGCCCAGCUGUGUGUGGCUUUGAGGUGACAGUCGCUAGCUUUCACACCAAACAAGGAAGUGGAGGAUGUCUUUACACUGACGGCAGAAAACGACCGACAACCCGUCUUUGUUUUCGCUUUGAGUGCGCUCUACAUCAGCCAUGUUUCCUCCAGCUGCCGACCCCUGGCAGCUUCCUGUGAGAUGGAGAUGAGCCGAGGCAGUGCCCUAUGAGCCUGCUCAGCGUGAGCUCACAUCAUAUCCUUUCACAGUGAACAUCGGUACUAAAGAGUCUAAAGAUGGCAGCUAUUCCUCCUGGGAUCCGCCUGUUGGUGUCUUUCAACAGGGACCAGUGGUACAGAGCUCUGACGUUUAUCCUCACCUUCCUGCUCUACACCAGUUUUCACCUGUCCAGGAAACCUAUCAGCAUCGUUAAGAGCGAGCUUCAUAAAAACUGCUCAUCUAUCAGUGAGUUAGCGACCAUCGCCUCCAGCAGCAGCGGCAGCCAGCAGCCCUCCCUGCCAUCCCUGUCUCCUCUCCACACAGACAUGGACUGCAGCUGGAAGCCUUUUGAUAAAAGAAACUACAAACAGCUGCUGGGAGCUAUGGACUACUCCUUCCUCUGUGCCUAUGCAGUGGGAAUGUACCUCAGUGGCAUUAUCGGGGAGCGUCUGCCCAUCAGAUUAUACCUAACAUUUGGCAUGCUGACCAGCGGCCUGUUCACCUGCCUGUUUGGACUGGGCUACGUCUACAACAUCCACAGUCUGGGCUUUUAUGUAUUUGUCCAGGUAGCUAAUGGCUUGGUUCAAACCACUGGCUGGCCCAGUGUGGUGACCUGCAUUGGCAACUGGUUUGGAAAAGGAAGGCGUGGGCUCAUCAUGGGACUGUGGAACUCCCACACCUCAGUGGGAAACAUCCUGGGCUCUCUGAUCGCUGGUUACUGGGUCUCCUCCAAUUGGGGCAUGUCCUUCAUCGUACCAGGGCUCAUCAUCGCUUUCAUGGGCAUCGUCUGCUUCCUCUUCCUCAUUGAGCAUCCAAAUGACCUGAAGAGCAUUUAUGCUCAAAAAUUGUCUCCAACUACAAGUCAGGGUCCUACAAAGAACUGCAAUGGUGUUAAUGGGCACACUGAGGUUUACCUGCAAUAUAAGGACAACAAAGCACAGAGUUAUGAUACAGAGCUGCUGUUACCCAGAGACAAUGUUUGCGUCCCCGUGCAGCCGGUCGUGGUGGUGAAGAGGGAAUCAGAGCCAUCCGCUAUCAGUUUUAUGGGAGCUCUACGCAUACCAGGAGUGAUCGAGUUCUCUUUGUGUCUGCUGUUUGCUAAGCUCGUCAGCUACACCUUCCUCUUCUGGCUGCCGCUCUACAUCACUAAAGCAGCUCACCUCGAUGCAAAGAAAGCUGGAGAUCUGUCCACCCUGUUUGAUGUGGGAGGAAUCGUGGGAGGGAUCCUGGCAGGAGUGAUCUCUGAUAAACUGGGAAAGAGAGCCACCACAUGUGCAGUCAUGUUGCUGCUAGCAGCUCCUACACUGUACGGCUUCUCCAUGAUCAGCGAAUUUGGUUUGGGACCAACCAUUGGUAUGCUGUUGGUGUGUGGAGGUUUAGUAAAUGGACCAUACUCUCUUAUCACCACUGCUGUAUCCGCUGACUUGGGGACCCACAAGAGCCUGAAAGGCAACGCUAGAGCUUUGUCUACUGUGACCGCUAUCAUCGACGGCACUGGAUCUGUAGGUGCUGCAUUGGGCCCUCUUUUGGCUGGACUGUUGUCUGCAGGAGGCUGGGAUCAGGUCUUUUACAUGCUGAUGACCGCUGACUUCCUUGCUCUGUUGCUUUUGUUACGGCUCGUCACCAAGGAGCUGGCCUCGUCUAAAUCCCAUCCUAUCUCUACUGUAGAGUUGAAGGAGCAUUGAGCGCUUUGAUUCACCGCCUUCAUGCAGGACUAAACCACUCAUCUAAGCCUGAAAUGGACCGUGCAUGUCCAAAAUGACAGGACAUAAGACAGGAACUUUACUCCUACGCAUGCACACUAAUGUCUGUAGCUAUUGAUGUUUAACGACUUUACAUUUGACCACAAGGACGAGCUGCAGUCGAAGUUUCACACAGGAGAAGCAAACCAGCCUUCAGCAGCAGCAGCCGCUCGGUUUAGAGGAUUUACCUGCUCACAUGCACACAGAAAUGGCACACCUACUCUUCCUCUGUUAAACUUUUUUAAAAUGUAGGUUGAGAUUUGAUCCUGAACACACUACACACUCAGUUUACUCAAAGGACUUAAAAAUUUACAAAACAGGCCUUACUUUGAUGUGUAUAUUAGGACUUUAUAUAAACUACAAGUGACGUUAUUUAUUUUUUUAAAAAUCCUUUAAAACAGCGACUUCCAUGAAUGCUUUCUUGUAGAUUGUCUUAUUCUUUUGUAAUACUUACAGGCACCAGAAACCCUCAAUAGAUACAUGUCCAACAACCACAUUAGGAUCUGAAUUUAGCCAGACCUGGAAAAGUAAAUAUCAACAUGUUUGAUUUGAGAUCAGGGAAAGCUCAGACUUAACUCGAUCUGGAGUAGUAAGAAUAAUUGACAUCACAAACUUAUUUGGACAAAUAAUCAGCUGUGAAAAGUCUUGAAUCAGGCCAAAGUCCCACAGUCGUUGGAGGGGAGCACAUUAAGCCCAAAAUCAGGCGAUAAGUCAUGUAGUUGUUGCCAUUUGAUUUAGAAUCUCUACCAUGGAGAAAUUCAGUUCCUGAUCAUUCGUCUGACACUUUCACCCUGCAAAGGUUUCAGGACUUAUAGAUAACUAACUUUAGAAUAGUCAGUCUUAAUGCUGAUGGUCUCUUGCUUUUGUAGCUUAUAAAGAGGCAUCAAUAUUGAUUUCAAUCUGUUUGAUAACCAGCAAAAAACUCCUUACAGGAUCUUUAACUUAUAUAUCUGCAGAAAUCAAACAUGUGUCAGAUCCUUUUUUAUAAGAAAUUUGUGCAAUUAUGCCUCGAAAAAGUUUAAAAAUUCAAUUAUCCUACAGUCUCCCUUUUAAAUGUAAAGCCUAACAAAGGCUUUGGACCAAUAUUAAAUUCUGUGUAAUGCUUAUAAAUGUGUAAAAAAACACAAAAAAGACCACUUUAGCCCCCUCUCUGCUGUGUGGAAGUUGCUGUUUUAAGUCACCUUUGCCUUACUGAACCAAAGAGCUUGUGGGGAUCAUGUUGUAAUUUAAAGAAACUUAUUUUUUAAGUUAUUACUGUGAGUUGUAUGGUAAUUUUUUCUGAUUUGUUUUAAAAUGAAGGCACCAAAGUUGUAUUUUUAUAUCUUAAAUGUGAUUAUGAUGUCUGUUUUCUGUCGAUGGGUGGGAGAUAUGAAUGUAGCUUUAUGUCAGACCUCCUUUGGAUUUGUAUUUAUCAGUGCAAUGUUGUUUAGUUAGUGUGUAAGUGAUCUAUAAGUGGAUUUAAAUCUUAUUUUCAAUGAUCUUGUGGGCAUAAAAAAGUUUAACUUGAAAGUUAAUUCUGGUGAUUAUUUGCAGAUUUGUGUCAUAUUUAGAUAUUUUCUAUUAAUUUAUUGGCUGUAAACAAACACAUGGUAAUGUUCAUAAAUAGAAAUGUGAACUCUGGGAUUAUUUCCUGUAAUGGUGGCAGCAUUUUCACUUUAUCAUGCCUUUUAUUAGAAAAACACCACAUAUGUGUAUUUAUGAUGUGUCAGUGAUAGAUCUAGGACUUGAAACAUCGUGUGCCUUGUUCUUCGUGUCUUUUCGCCAGAUUGUUGAUUUUGUAAAGAAAAAAAUCCUAGUUUUCCUUUGUGAAUGAACUCUGUUUACUCACAAAGCAUUCUGGGAAAGAUGA